AUGAAUGCUAUUGGAAUAAUUAGUACUACAUUUCAAACUGAAGAAUUAAUGUCACACUUGAUAAUUUUUUACCUUAAAGAUCCUUCAGUUGAAACUAAAAUUCAAAGAAUCAAAAAAGAUGAUAUUGUGAGAGCAGCUGGAAAAUUUACCAUUGAAGAAAAAAAUCUUAAAGAUCAUGAAGUUAUUACUCUCAUUAAA